CACGACACAAAUCAACUUUCUGUUUCUCUGUUCUGUCCUCUCGAACUCCUGACUCCUGACUGCCAUGGCUGCGCCGUCCAAGACCGUUUGCCUGCGAGCUUUCAACAAGGACCUGGAUGGAACUAACCCAUGGGAGAGGCAAGGGCCCGCGCCGCCGCCGUUGCCCAAAAGGAUCGCCUGGCCCGGCGGCAAGAUCGUAUCGAACAAGGAUGAGGCACUAGCCAACUUCCUGAGGCGGAAGGUGGACCAAGGCCAGACACUCACUCCCGAACAGAUGACCAUGCUUAAGAGGAUGGCGUACCCGAACGCAUCAGCAUCGGUACCAUCUGGCGGGUCCGGUGUUGGCACCACGGCUGCUGCGGCUAAAGGCAAGAGAAAAGUACGCGGAGUCGGCCACGUGUACGAGAACAGCGGCGGUGGCGGUGGCGGAAGUGUUUACGCUCGAAACCUGCUGCACAAGCUAGAGCGCAAGGUAAGGAAAGGGCGCAAGCACGGGACCCCCCAGGCGGGGGUGGGAGUGGGGUGCGAGGGCGAAGUCGUCGUUCGAGUGUGGACAGCCUGGCGGAGAGCAAAAAGGAAAGCUACUACAUAGCGUGUGGGGGGUUUUCCGCCUUUUGUGUCGCCCCCCAUUCGCGUCGAUCUUCCCGGCACGGGAACGUUCUGAGGAAUGGGCGCCGGAAUCAUCGUUCCUCGCGUUUGCUUGCUUGCUUGCCCGAAAGAUCAUCACGUACAUCUAGAGGGAGACAAACCAGCCGACCACUCCGGCUGCCUUCCUGCCUGCCUGCCUUGCUCGUUGGAGCUACACCGCUACCACGUGCCGUAGGAGGUGGUUGUACACGGCAUGUUCCGUGGAAGGGGUUGGGAAAAGGGGGUGGAAAAGCGGGGGAUUAAGCGCUACAGCCCCGCAGGUCAAGGGCGUGUUGUGUGUGGUUGGUCUCUCGAGGCAAAAACGAUCGAUGAAGGCACAGCAUCCCCGCGGCCCAUGCAGUCGUGGGUUCACGGGAUGCACGGCACGAGAGCCGAGAGAGAUUUCAUUAGGUGGGACGAGUAUUUCCUGGUUGUAAGGGGGGCAGGGAAGAAGCAACAAAGAACGAGGGUCGUCCCAAAGGGAAAGGAGCACGGAGUUUAGCCGGAUAUUUGCUCAAGUGACCCUGCGGCAAGGCUUGCGGGAUACCUGGACACACACCCAUCCAUCCACAUGCGGGAAUACUACUUUCGACGUGUAAACCGACAGCUCGGGCCAUCCUACCAAGAAAAAACGCAAUUCUCCCCCCGGAGUUCAAUACACAGCGACGACAACCAGCCGUGUUUUUGUGCCCGCCGCCUGUACGUGCCCCCAACACUUGGGGCUGGGAAACCGGGGGGGGAGGGGGCUUGAGAGCGCACUGCGGAUGCCCCGUGAUUGCGCCGCCGUGUGGGCGUAGAGCUGCAGUGUUGUGGUCUUUUGGGUAGCCGUUCUCACAGUCCGGCCACACGAGCCUUACCUACCGAUUUGACCGACGACGACCGAUCCAAGUGAGACAAUUGCAAACACAGGUACGCUCUGGUUGAAGUUUUCGGCAGAUGCAUGCAUGCGUUCGCGUUGUGCCUACGCGGGCGGAACGGCUUGUGUGUGGCUCAUGUGUGGGCCUGGUGUGUGUGUGUGUGUGUGUGUGUGUGUGUGUGUGUGUGUGUUUUUAUUAUUAGCAUCGACCGCGCUAACCGGCUGACCAAUGAAAAGACGUCAGUCUUAGUGUGUGUGUGUGUGUGUGCANGGGAAACCGGGGGGGGAGGGGGCUUGAGAGCGCACUGCGGAUGCCCCGUGAUUGCGCCGCCGUGUGGGCGUAGAGCUGCAGUGUUGUGGUCUUUUGGGUAGCCGUUCUCACAGUCCGGCCACACGAGCCUUACCUACCGAUUUGACCGACGACGACCGAUCCAAGUGAGACAAUUGCAAACACAGGUACGCUCUGGUUGAAGUUUUCGGCAGAUGCAUGCAUGCGUUCGCGUUGUGCCUACGCGGGCGGAACGGCUUGUGUGUGGCUCAUGUGUGGGCCUGGUGUGUGUGUGUGUGUGUGUGUGUGUGUGUGUGUGUGUGUGUUUUUAUUAUUAGCAUCGACCGCGCUAACUGGCUGACCAAUGAAAAGACGUCAGUCUGUGUGUGUGUGUGUGUUUCUUUCAAUAGCAUCGACCGCCUAACUGGCUGACCAAUGAAAGGACUCUUUCGACGGAAGAUGGAAAACAUUUCUAUAGGUCAUGAUCUGAUUUCCGAAGGGGGAUGUGCAUCAUUUUCUUGUAUGUUGCAUCGAGCAUGCUUGAAGACACUCCACGACACUCUUUGUGGCAGGAUAAAAAACACACCACGUCUAUGCGUGUGCCCACUACGUCUAUGCGUGUGCCCCACGCGCGUGUGCGUCCUCCGUUGUCGUCGUCCUUCCCACCCGGACGACGUUCGAGAAAAGACGACGCCGAUCGUGGACGAGACAAAACAAAAUGAACACACACGUGUUCGCGGCCCACCGUAUUUUUUUGGGGGGAUGGAUUUGAUGUAGUACUACCCACCCAGCCUAAAGGCGCACGCGCCCGGCCAACUCGCAUCAUC